UCGGACGAUUAUUAGUAAGGCUAGCAGUGUGACGGGAAGUAUACAGUGGUUACAUAAAAAACGGGAAGAAAAAUUGUACUUCUACUGUCUGUAUUUUACAUGUAGUGCUGUUUGGCAGGUGUACCGAUUUCUAGUUGACGCACUCUGAGUGUUAUUUUAAAUGAAAAAAGUGAUUCCAAAUAUAUGGUGAAAGGAAACGCGUGACAUUUUCUAAGAAGUUUUUCUGCUUAGAACGUACAAUCCCUUAUUGGUAGGAUGUGCUCACUAAUUGUGGCAAUGGAAAGAGUAAUUGGAAGAAAGCUUUAUUGUGUCCGUGAAUAUGAAUCGCUUCCUACGAAGGAUAUCAAGUGUUAAUAUAUUAUGAAAUUUCGGAUAUCCUUGCAUCGAUGUGAAAAUCUAAUGAAGAUAACAGGUUAAAAUUUCGUAAUGCCAGGGAACGUGAUCAAGAUAUACACAAAGGGAAAAUAGAAUUACCAAAUUUUCUUCACGAAUGUGUGUUCAGGGUAAAAGUCAUCCUAGCAUAAUCCGUAGACACAGGAUUGUCGAAAUUAGCGGAACCGGAGUGGUGGCGGGAGCAAGCAAGCUCUCUUCAGUAAUGAUCUAGGCAAACGGUUCAUUCAACGGUUGGAAACGAAUACAUAUCAUAUUGAAUGCCUCAUUUUAGCUAAAUUCAGUAGCAUCGUAGAGUAAGUUUUACAGCGAAGAAAUCUACAUAUAUAGCGUUAGAGUUGAUGAAUUGAAUAACGAGUUUGACAUCGAGUGAAAUAGAUCCCAAUACAUAUCAAAUAAUGUGGCUUUAAAGGAAAGAAGUUGUGUGGUCGUGUGCGUUUAGGAAUCAAAGUAUAAAGUUAAAGUUGAAAUAUCGAAUCAUAUCAAAAGAAAUAGUGCCAGUAAAUGUUUUGUCCAUGAAGGAGAAAAAAUAGUAUUAAAUUUUCUAAAUUAAUGCUUAUUUGUGAAGUUGAGUUACAAAUCAGUGGAAGAGACGUAGAGGAAAAAGAGGAAAAGCAAAUAACUGCAAAAAAUCAAUCAAUAAAUUGCAUCCCGCCACCUCCAGUGCCGUUUCGUGCUACUGUUUGUUCCCAAUGCAGUCACGCGUUAGAUGGAAUCAGCGGAAACGGAAAUACUAGGAGAUCGUUUCGGCUGCUCACACCGAUGCCCACAAAACGACGCGGUGAUCAAUUAAGGGAUUGUUCCGUUUCGUUGCCGUUGGACAUUCUAUGGUUACCCAAGGCGGCUAUGAGGCCCAUCGGGCCACCAGACACCACCCACUCAGAGUGCGUCCUCGUCGUAGGCGUCUCCCGUCCUAAGCUAGCGGCUUUAUUCUUAUCGGUUAUGUUGUUAUCGCUUUUUCUUACGUUUCACAUUUUGUACGAUAGCGCAGUCUAUAGCAUCCAGGCUGCAACGGCCAUAUCCGAAAACAAGAUUGCCCUACUAACAAAUCACAUUCCGAAUCCACCGGCGAUUAAUCAUCCGGUGGUGUUCCCCAACAGGAUCCAUUUCCCCAAGACCAGCAGAAGACUUCCGCAAUGUUUGAUAAUUGGAGUGAGAAAAUGUGGCACUCGGGCACUGUUGGAGAUGCUAUAUUUGCACCCGCGAAUUCAGAAAGCAGCCGGCGAAAUCCACUUCUUCGACCGCGACGAAAACUAUCUCAAAGGACUAGAGUGGUACCGGAAGAAGAUGCCCCACUCGUUUCGCGGCCAGAUUACCAUCGAGAAGAGUCCCAGCUACUUUGUGACGCCCGAGGUUCCCGAGAGAGUACGUGCGAUGAAUGCUACAAUAAAACUACUGCUGAUAGUGCGAGAACCGGUGACGAGAGCGAUAUCGGAUUAUACGCAGCUUCGGAGCCACGCGGCCACGGCCACGUUACCACAGCAACAAACUUUAUCUUCCACUUCGCCGCUAUCCAGGUCAUUCGAAGAUCUGGCGAUACUACCGAAUGGCACCGUUAACGAAGCGUACCGCCCUCUGGCGAUUUCACAGUAUCACGUCCAUGUGCACAGGUGGCUGGAGGUAUUCCCACGAGAGCAAUUACUCGUUGUCAAUGGGGACCAGCUGAUAGAGGAUCCAGUGUCACAGCUUCGACGCAUCGAGGACUUUCUAGGAAUCGAACCACGAAUCGGAAGCAAUAACUUCUAUUUCAACGAGACGAAAGGUUUCUACUGCUUACGCAACGAAACCGGAGACAAGUGUUUGCGAGAGACGAAGGGUCGCAAGCACCCCCGAGUCGACCCGGUGGUGGUUUCAAAGUUGCGUAAGUUUUUCGUCGAACAUAAUCAAAAAUUCUACGAGCUGGUCGGGGAAGACUUAGGCUGGCCGGAGGAAUAGGAGAUUCGAUGGUACUGGUCUCGUUAUACGGGUCAUCAUCGCCAACCAUACAACCAGAAAUCGCACAACGGGAGAAAAGGUAACUCUGUAUAUAUCAGCCAGGGUGGUAAUAUUAAGAAGGCACGUUAGAGGUUAGAGUGCGUGUGCAAUGGAACUGAUCUAAAUCUAGGAACAUGGUAAAAAAACAUCCCGAAAGGAUGAAAAGAUUUAAAAGUAAUAACGCGGGACUUCAAAAAGGAAAAAUGGCGAAAUAGCUUGCUGCAGUAGCGCACGUUUCAAAAACGGCUAGAUAGGAACUAAUUAUAGAAAAUCAAUAUUUUUCAUCUGCAAGAGGCAACAGCCAGAACACUCACCGAUGAGGUUGGUGUGAAACCGGAAAGCUUGAACAAUAACACUGUCCAAUUCAACGUGUGGCUCUAUUAUCUGUGGGUCAUUUGGUUCAGCAGUUGGCAGCCUCCCAGAUCCUCGUAAACGGUGAAUUAACAGCGGCUCUCAUCUUUAAAGGACGGCAAUGGGUAGUGAUAACAAGAUUCACUGGUUGUUCAAAGUUUGCUGGAUAUCGUUAAAAUGAGAACACGCAGAAAUUGGAUUUGGUGUUACAUUCAAAUGGGGCUCCAACAACGAUAAUAUUAUGCUACUUGAUUUCGUGCCAGUGUGGGAGCAUGGAUAUUGGAAACGGGAAACAGCAGCGAUUCAUUUAAUUUUAAUGAGAACGGCUGUAACGAGCCAUCUGAAUGCUUGAAGGUGACUGAUAUUACACAAGAAAGAUAGUGGGGAACAGUGUCGAAGUUUCUUUGUGAUGCAAAUACCGUCACUUAUUGUGAGAAUUCUAUUAUUAAACAGAAAUUAGCAAUUCUCUAGCAAACUUGGAAGCAAUAGCUUUAGGCAAUGUUUAGGAACAUCGUGAAUAGCGCCACAAAUUUUCAGGUAAAAUGGAUGCCAUUGUUUCUUCUUAUUUUUCCCAAUAUAUACGCGAACGGAGGUCUUAGUGGAAUGUACGUAAUGUUUUAAAGAUUUUCUUCCAUUUAAUUCCACAUAGUGGAAUUAAAUGGAAGAAAAUCUUUGAAACAUUCUUAUUUUUAUUUUAUCGACAUAGUCAAAAAAUUGCACGAUCACGCAAGAUAAAAUCACUUGUGACUUAAAAAGUCGUCUAGGUGUCGUUUUAGGUUUUGAAACUUUCACCUAGAAAUUUGUAGUGAUCUGAGGGUAAACUGCUAGGAAACAUGAGUAUGCACUAAAACUAGACAGAAUUUCGAAUCAACGCGAUCGCUCGAUACAAUUUUAUGGGAGUAUUCCGCUAGGAGAAUGAUUUAGGAAUAUGUAAGUACCGUAAACCGGGCUGACAUUAAUUACUUUUCGAAAUAAUCAUUACAUAUUUUUAGACGCAACACAUUUUUUUCAAGGUUAAUAUUUUUAUACCCUGUACUGAUGUAUGGAGAACAAGGUUGGAUGGUUUCACCUAAAAUUCUCCGCUUCCAGCUAUUUUUCCAAAAAUGAUUUCAAAUUGAAGUCCCUUUUCGUAUUCCGGGGUGACUUUGAUAACCCACAUUAAGUUAUUGAUGUCAAUGUUUUUCAUUCAAAUGUUUGUUUAAACUAUUUCUGGAAAGAUACUCAUUGUUAAAUAGAUGU